AUGGGAGAAUCUCGUACUGAAUUAUUAGCCUGGUUGAACGAUCUGUUGCAGACUAGAUAUACCAAAAUCGAACAAGCAGGAACAGGUGCUGCAUACUGCCAGAUCUUCGACUCCAUCUAUGGUGAUGUGCCUGUAAGCAAGGUUAAAUUCGAGGCAAAAUUAGAGUACGAGUAUGUUGGAAAUUACAAGAUUUUACAAAACGUAUUCAAGAAGCACAAGUAA